UCCUUAUAGAACCAACAACAUUGAAGUGGUUUCCUGUGUGCAAUAGAUACAUAGACCUCUGGUGAAUGUCAUCCAUCAACCGCUGCCACUGCCCAUGCUGCUGGCUGUAUGAGAAGACAGGGGUCUGGAGCAGGUGUGCCAAAGACAGCAUCUCAAUGUCAGUUCCCCAGGUGCCAUCUUGGUCCAUACCUGUGGAAGCUAUAUAACUUUGAAUACUGUCAUAGCCUACGAGAUGGUGGCCUAGGAAAUAUUGGGCAUUAUUUGUCAUGUGGUCAAUGAUAGCAUGUCGUACACCAAUAUGCUGAUCUGCAGACCCUGUCAGAAUGUAAGAAAAUGCUCGAAAGAGGCAGUUACCAUCUCCCUGUACGCGUCUCACACUACGCAUGUCUGGACGUGUGAGGGGGACAGCGG